AUGGACUCAUUCCAAAAGUUAAUCUCAGAUUGGAAGAUUGAGGAUGAAGUUAAUCAUACUCUAACAACCAAAAAUUCUGUUUCAAGUGGAGUCUGUCAGGACUCAGGGGAAAGCUUGCACUUCAAAGAGAUUGGGAAGGAUCUACCUUGGAAUCAGAUGGGAAUUAGGAAAUACCUUCACCUUCAGGAAUUCAUGAUCAAGAAUGCCCAUAAUAUAGAUCAAGUUUUACCAAUAUGGAAAGGACUAGUAAAGGGAAUGUCAAGUGAACAACCCAAGAAAGACUUCCCAUCUGAAGAAAUAGGAUCCAAAGGGGUAGCAAACCCUCCAGAUGAAUAUCCAUUAUUGGAUCUAGACAGAGAUGCAAUUGACAUUAUAAGGGAAAAGGUGCUAGUUGGUUUUUUGGGUGGAAUUUUGGAUGAUAUAAAUUCAUUCCAAAUAGAAGAGAUAAUAGAAAGAUUUAGAUUGAGGGAUGAGGCAUCAGCCUUGGAAAUUCAAGAUAAAAUUCCCAAAUUUCUCCAAAUACUUUUUGAUUCAGCAUUCAAAACAGCUGAUUACAUGUACAAAAAACACUUGAUAUCGGCAGAAACUUUGAGGGAUUUUAUUGGGCAUAAAGAUACAAUGGAACUUGCUGCAGUAAACAUGAUCAAAAUCUUCAACAUUCAUUAUGAAAAGGAACUGUCAGGAGGAGAUUCAAGUAUUUAUACUAUGCUCAGAAACUGGAAACUUUCUCAUUACAGGACUUUCCUUGAAGGCAGUAUUUUGUGA